AUGUAUAUGUGCGAAACAUGCCAUUCACGGGACUGUGAAUGCCUGGUGGAACACAUGUUCAUCCGUCGAGCGAUCAACCUUAAUUCUCGUGAUAGCACAAGGCAGAUCAAGCUAUGCAAAACUCAACAUAUACAACUCAACAACAUCACUCGGUCUGAACAUGACCCGACUGGUACCAGAGCAAAACAGGAACUACAGCGGAUCGGUAAUUUGAUCGCCCGUUCGAACGACUCAUUCGAAAGAAGUUCUCCUAUUGGUCGAAAUCUGGCUUUCAGGCCCCUACUACUGUGGGACAACGGGACCAGUCAAGCAAUACUUUUCAGAGGCAUGUCGAUUGAAUUUUUCACGAGUAGGCGACCUGAAGAACACUAG